AGUUUUCACUUUCUGUCUUCUGAGCCCCCUCCCUUUCUCCUUGUUCACGAGGUUUCACUUCCGGUUGCUGGUACCCGGGGGCUGGAGAGCGGACAGCUUCCCAGGUCUGGCUUGUCUCGGAAGCUGCUUCCCGCCCGUCAGGCUGAGUGAGGGAGCGGAGCGUGCGCGCGCGGCCGGGACACCUGGGUUCGUGAGGCGACGUCGGGAGACACGGCAAGGAGAGGGGCCAGGAGGAGAAAGGGACGGGCUGGAAAAGCAUGGGAAGGACACUGAGCGCUGAGCUCCACUCCUCAGAGAAGGCGCCCGCGCCGGGGACAGGGAAAACUCAAGUUUGUGUCUGAGAAUUAUACAGGUAACUAACUAUCCUAGGCCAUCUUAUGGCUCUGACUGCUAUGUGGAUGCAGAUACCUACAAAGUUUCUUACAAAAGAAGUCAUUUUCGUGCCUUCAAACUAAGUCACUCAUUACCUCUUUGAACUUUCAGGUUACACUGUUAUUAAAUGACCCAGACAGACCUGUCCUUGUAUAAUUGUAGCUUUUCAGCACAAGGAACCUAAAAGAUGGCAGCACCCACUUAUAAAAGCAUACUUGAGCUCAGUAAAAAUGCUCUCAGCUCUCCGUGGAAAGGGCAGUUAAUUAUUCAGGGUUGUUUGCUGUGUGAUGUAACUCUUCGGUCUACUUAUGGCACAGUGGUUCCAGUACAAUUGCCCUGGGAACUAGAUUUUAAGUAUGUAAUGAAAGUGUCUUCUCUGAAAGAAAGCCUACCAGAAGCUGCCUUUAGAAGACAGAAUUACUUGGAGCAGAAAGUCUGUUAUCAAGAUUUAUGCUUUGAUUUAUAUGAAGUUGAAUUGACAAACAAACAAGGAGAACACAUAGAUAAGCUAAUGGAAUAUGUUAAAAAUAAGGAAUUGGCACUCAUCAAAUGCUUGGAAGAUAGGAGUUUUUUCAUUUUACUUACAUCUUCGGCCUUAACUCCAGAACCAGAUUUUGGAAAUGAGCAGAUGAGUCUACAUGGUUUACAUUUAUUCCAUGCACCUCAAUCAGCAGGAGCAAAGGAUUUGAAAGUUGAAGAUGGCAUCUCUUUGAAAGUGAUACCUAUUUUACCUGCCCUUAGUUAUGCACUUCUAGAAGCAAAGAAAUCACUUUGUGAAGAAAGAAUCCCUCCAAACAUCUUAGUAAAGCAUAGUUUCCAAGAGCUAUACAAGGUGGACAAAAGCCUUUCUUUGAUGGCUCCUCUUCAAGAUGGAGUGAAAGAUACUGCAUCCACUGGGAAACUGCCCCAUGGUUUUGACUUGCCUCUCCCCCUUGAAACGUGCCCUUCAGAGUCCUGGACUCAUCUGAAGUGUUAUUUUUCAGACCCUACUGGUUAUACUCUGGAUCUGUCUGAUGCUAUGGAAUUGUUGGCAGAGCAUCCUCAGGCCCCUUCCAUUUCAGAUGGGGUUUGUGAUGUUGGAUUUUCUUUAGUUAUGACACCAGAUCCUGAAUUUCUUGACUCAGAGAUGGAAAGACGAAAAGAAACUGAAACAGCAGAAAAGUCUGGGAGAACAUGGAAAGUGAAGAAGAAAGCUCUGAUCCCAUCUUCCAAUCAGAGAGUUCAGCCAAAGAGGAAGGCUAGCACAUCAGCUGUUACACUGCCAAGUAAGCGGGUGAGCCUGGGCCGCCCCACUGGUAAAAGAACUGCACCCAGAACAGACAGCAGGCCAUGCAACCCAACUCUAAAGCUAGUUAAAGGGCAGUUCCCUCAGAGGAGAAAAAGAGGUGCAGAAGUGCUGACUGCACAAAUUGUACAGAAAACCAGAAUAGAAAGAAAAAAACAAGAAGCUUCUAUAUCUAAAGAUGUUUCAGUACCUACAAAUGCUAAAAGGGCAAAGAAGCAAGAGAAGUCUCCGGGUAGAAUUGCAUCACGGCCUAAGCCACCCAUGAAAAAGUCUCCACAAAAACGGAAGGUAAAUGUAGGAAGAGGCCGUCGAAAUACCAAAAUCAGAAAGCAGCUCCAAACUGCGGAAAAAGCAAUUGCUUUACAUCUUCAAUCAGAAAUUUCAUCAGAUGGUCCAAAAGAUGAACUUAACCCAAAUACAUCUCAACAAGAAAGUAUUGCGGUAAUUCCUAAAGAUCCUCCUGAACACUCAAUUACUGGCUGUGACUCCCAAGCCCUAAAUAUGUUAGCUGAUCUGGCAUUAAGUUCUGCUGCUGCUUCUAUACCAUCUUGUAAGCUCAGGAACCUUCCUUGCUUCUCUGAAUUGCCACAAAACAAUGUUUUACUCACUAAAGAAAAUUCAUUGCAUGGUGCCUCUGACCAUGAAUAUCAUAAGGGAGUUAAAAGUCAAAAAGCUGUACUACUACCUAAACCAUACUCUAAUGAGAUUAGUUCACAGUCAGACUUAACUCAUAGUCAAGAAGAAAACUCGGUACCUUGUGCUCAGCCCCUUGCUGUUGCCCAGCCAGCGUCCCAUGAAGAAGCUCGAGAAUUCUCAGAUGCAAGUCAAAACUCUGUUGUUGUGGAACAUUCCUAUGCCUUGCUCCUUGCUGAGCAGUCAAAGAAACAUCUGCAUCAGAGAAAGCUACCAAGCCCUGCUUUUGUAAAGAAUGGGACAAAAGGCCCUGAAGCUGGAACACCUAUAGGAAAGGUCAUGCCAUUUCGGCAUCUACAGAACACCUCCCCUCUACAAAAGCAUUCUGAAGAUUCAUUGACUAAGCGCAAAAGUCUGUUUAUAUCUUCGAGCCUUAAAGAGUUUUUUUGUUCUCAUACUGUUCUUAGUUGUGACGGCUCCUUUAAGAUUACUUUCAAAUGUGAAGGAGAGUAUGUAUUCAGCUUAGAUAGCAAAUAUACCAGCAACCCAUUGGAGAAAACUGUUGUGAGAGCAUUACAUGGACCCUGGAAUACUGAUUUGCCUGAAAAUAUGGAAGACGUGAAGCUUUUACUUCAUAUAUGGGUAGCUCUGUUCUACAGCAAAAAGAACAAAGCCAUCAGGUCACCUCGAAAGGUAGUAGAACACAAAAACCCAGCAAAAUAUGUAUGCAUAAAUAGGUCUUUAGAAUCUUUGGAUCACAGUGAAAUUGAGGAGUUUUCCAAUGUGGAAAGACCCUCUGUUGGAGGGUCUAUAGACCCUCUGUUGGAGACUAAGGAAACACACAUUGGUCAUGCCACCAGUAUGACCUUUCCGGGACCUAACUGCGUGCUUCCUUUCAUUAAUCCACCAACUACCAGAGACUUGGAACUCUGUGUACAGAAUGACCAGAAAGAAGUAUUUACAGGGGAGUGUCACCUGGAUACUUCAGGAAACCAGAAUUUCAUCUAUUCUUGUAAUACUGAGGUAACUGAAGGUAAAGUCAAACAAGAAUUAUCAGAUAAAUUAGAGACUUCUAAUGUUGUGCUUUCUGGUGUUAUAAGUGGCCAAAAUAAUGGAACUUGUAUUCCCAGUGAAGAUAAAACCUGUCAGAGCACAAAGAUGGUUUCUUAUAAUGACUCUGUCACACAAGCCACCUUAACCACAGCUUACGAUGGGGCCGGCAGUGAGUCGAUGUGUCAGAAGUCUGUGUUCAACAACCUUGAGAACAAAGUUGAUACUUGUCACCCAUCACUGCCGAUAAAAACAGGUGCUGUACAGGAUGUUAUCCAGCAUAGCAGCCUCAUAAAUAACAAAAGUCAGCCCUCCAUGGAAAGGAGGGAUGAUAAUGUGGAGUGUAUGAUGGUUAAUCUUGAGCCAGUUACUCUUGCUUUUGAAAAAAAUGCCAAUGUACCAAUACAUACAGAAGUAAAUACAACUGACAACAAACCUACAGACUUUAAUACCGAGCUGAUUAAACAAGUUUCCCCUGCCUUGAGUAUUCAGUAUCCUGUGUCUGCAUCAGAAAAGGUACAAACACAAAGUCUUAGAGACAUUCCUUCUCUUGCCAUGACAGAGUAUAAAGAUAGUAAGUGCCUUUCUGCCUCUUCAAUAAAAAAAGAAACACCUCCUGAGAGCCUGUGUCUAUUACAGAAAGAGAUUCCUCCUCUGACAUCAUCAGCUGAUGAAGGAUUGAUAAUGGAGGCACUCUCAUUAGUUAAAAGUUCUAGUUAUUCGUUACCCAGUGAUAAAACAAAGUACUCACUAGAUGCCUCUUUAAAGACUCAGAAUGGCUUGAGCAUAUCUUUAGAUGAGAUUCUAGAACCAUCGCAAGUUAAAGUAGUCUCAUCAACCUCUGUUACCUUGAGGGAACAACAGUCCCCUAACUGUAUUCCAGCGAUAAGUGAUGUAGCAGGUGGCUCUUCAGAAAUAAUCAAUAGUGACAACAGUAGUCUAAACCAAGAAAAGAUUUUGCAAACAUUUAGUUCAAUAUUUCCUAAACAAACUGAUCUCUCACUGAAUAGGGAAGAGGUUAGCAUGGAGUUGUCAGGGGAAGAUGCUGGUAUUGAUCUAACUCUAACAGUAUCACCACCUACAAGCCCCAGUGAGGAGAUAGCAGCUGGUGAAGUUGAACAAUUGCAGGGGGCCCAAGUAGCAAAUGAAGGACAACAGAGUAGAUCUGAAGAAAUGGUUGAACCAGAACAGGAGAGACUCAUAAAAAAAGAAACAAAUACAGCUACCUGUAUGUCACUGUAUCCUGUGGAAUCCAGAGAACUAUUAAAAAAUUGUUCCCCUGAGGUUGCAGAGAAAGUUAAUGUCACCUCAGACUUUCCCUUUGGCCCUCUAAUAGAAGUGACACCAGCUGCAAGUCCUGAUCCCAUAGUACAGACUGGAGACAGACAAUCAUCGCCAUGUUGUUUAAAACUCUGUGGUUCACAGUCUGAGAAAACUAACAAAUUCUCCGAGAUUAAGUCAGGAGAUAUACCAGAAAAAGAAAGUCUUGUUGGUCCUAAGAGUCCAAAAGGACAAGAUAAGUUAGCUCAAGUACAAGUACAGCUCUCAGCUGAUGCAGAAGUAGAAGGCAGAGUUACUGUGCCUGGUAAAGUAACUGACGUCAGUGUCCUGAGUGAGCAUAAUGAGAAUUUAUCUUUCUUAGAAAAGGUACAGUGCUAUGAUACAGAGUUAAAUAAGCCUAUCUCGCCUGCCAGUUUUAAGCCUCUUGAGAAACAUGUAAAAUCAGGAAAUUCGUUGGAGGCAGAUUGUAUGGAGAACAGAAACACGGACAUAAAACACCUUGUUUUUGAGUCUAGUGUACCCUCAUGUUGUCCUAGAAAAGUUAUUGAAAAUAAAUCUUUGACUGAAACAUUGGUUUCUAUAACCACAAGUGGAAUAGUGAAUAUGUCAUUAAAACAGACUAGUUCUGAAACCAUUAAGAAAAAUGUCUGUGACAGCGAUGUAAAAACAGAAGCUGAUAGUAAUAUGCAGGCUGGGGCAGUGAACUCUGCCUCCAUUGACAAUACUGAUGUUCAGACAUACUUUCAUCCAGAAGUCUCAAAGUUUGUUUCUUCCUCUGACAGUGCUCAGUGCACCUAUUAUACAAAACCAGUAAGUGUAGAGCCAGGGUUUCAAACACAGGAAAUACCAGUAGUCAGAAUGGCCAGCUUACUUAAGAAUAUUGGAACUGAAUUACAUGAUGAAAGAUUGGAUCUCAAUGCUACUGGCCUUCAGUCUAACUCCAUGUCUACAAAAGAUGAACAAAAAACAAUUCGUGUGCUGCAGGACGAGAUAUGUGAAGUAGAGAUCUUGAAUGAUGAUGUUUUCUCCCAAAAUGCUCAUUCUUGCCAAAAUACAGUAGACUUCAGUGAAAGUAUCAGUGAAGAGCCUUCUGCUUCCUUUGUCCCAGAAUUUGUUGACUCUGUUUGUGGUGUCUACAAAGAACAUACUUUCAGUGAAAGCCCUAGCAUGGGACAUGAAACCAAGGCAGAUGCUGAAACACUAAGCAGGGAUACAGAGAUAAAUGUAAAUGCUUCCAUGUGCUGUGGACCAUGUUCUGGAGACUGUGUUCAGGAUUCUCUUGAUUGUAAAAACUGCAAGUUUGAUGUGGAGAAUUUGAGAGGUAAUCAUGCAACCCCAACAGAUGCUGUAAAAGAUAGCUGUGACUCUUUUACAAGUUUAAACAACAGUGAUGACACCUCGGCCUGCUCUAGCAAAAUUUCAGCACUCGAGACACACAUCCCACCCGGAAACCAGGAAACGGAACUACGUCCAAUCUCACCAAAUAGUAAGUGUAUGCCACACUACAUCCAGAUCCCAGAUUCCCAUGGUAUCCCCAAGACUUAUGCUAACUUUACUAUAACAAAAGAGUUCAAAGAUACUACAAGAAGGUUGCAUAGCCUGAAGAGGCAUAGGAGUGCAAACUGCAACCUUCUCAGCUCCUGGACUAGCACCUGGCAUGUGACAGAUGACCUUACUCAGAAUACAUUAGACCUAGAGUACUUGCGUUUUGACCAUAAGCUAAAACAAAUAAUAAAGAAGGAAGAUUCUCAGCAAUCUUCCCCUUCCAACAACAUCUUACCUAAGGAAUCACUCAUCCAAAUCUCGAUUGGAACUUCCCCCUCCACACAAACAUCUGAGGCCUCAGGUCUACAUCUUCCACCCAAGAGCAGAAGCCCCAUUCUGGUGACAGUUGUGCACUCAGGCACCAGACAGCAGAGUCAUCACAGAAGAGGCUACUCACCCAGCGGUCUAGACAGCUCUUCCUCUUUUUGGAAGGAAAAAUGUAGUCAAAGUAGAAAUCUUAAAAAUUGUGAAAGAAUUCAGACUGUUCCAUUCCACCUCAAUAAACUGAAAUACAACAGUACUUUAAAAGAAUCUAGAAAUGAUAUUUCACUUAUUCUAAAUGAAUACGCUGAAUUUAAUAAGAUAAUGAUGAAUAGCAACCAAGUUGUUUCCCAAGAUAAAGAAUUAAAUGUAGCUUCUGCAGAAGCUGUGUCCCAGGAGACAUACCAGCCAAAACAGUCGGUAUCUUACAAAGAUGUGAUCACAGACUUGUGUGCCACUCUGCAUGUCAAACUAAAAGGAGUUGUGAGAGAGGCUUGUAAGAGCCCUUUCUGGUUCUACCUCGUUGAAACAGAAGAUAAGUCAUUCUUUUUAAGGACAAAGAGCAUUCUAAAGAAAGGAGGCCAUACAGAAAUUGAACUUCUGGAUUUCUGUCAAGCUUUUCACAGAGAAAAUGAGACACUAUUAGUUAUCAUUAAAAAUGAAGACAUGAUUUCACAUUUGCAUCAAAUUCCUUCUCUACUGAAGCUAAAGCAUUUUCCCAGUGUCAUCUUUGCUGGAGUGGACAGCCCUGAAGACAUUCUGAAUGACACCUACCAAGAACUAUUUCGAUCUGGCGGCUUUGUGGUAUCAGAUGAUGUCAUACUAGAAAGUUUAACAUUAGUUCAACUGAAGAAAAUUCUCAAAAUCCUAGAAAAAUUAAAUGAAAACGGCAGAUGGAAGUGGCUGCUUCACUACAGAGAAAAUAAAAAGCUCAAGGAAGAGGUCAGGGUAGAUUCAAUUGCACAUAAAAAGAAUUUAAUUCUAAAGUCAUAUCAGAGUGUAAGUAUCAUCGAAUUACUUCAUUAUCACAACUGUGAUUCUCCGUCAUCAACAAAAGCUGAAAUUUUGAAAUGUUUGUUAAACCUGCAAAUUCAACAUAUCAGUGCCAGGUUUGCUGUCUUCCUAACAGACAAGCCCACAAUCUCCACAGAAAUCUUUGAAAAUAAUGGAAUCCUUGUUACAGAUGUAAACUACUUCACUGAAAAUAUACAAAAGAUAGCAGCUCCAUUUAGGAGUAGCUAUUGGUGAUUUUGGAGUUGAGACUAGACAUGGAGUAUGCCAACAAGAAAUUCAUGUUUUCCUGUGUCUAAAAAACUCCAAAUACAUACAAGCAACUCUCAUUUGAAUAAUCAAUGUUUUGUUUCUCAUACUUUGCUGUGAUGUCUCAUUUCAUCAUAGACGAUAGUUGCCAUUAGCUUUGGGUUAUAAUGUUGAAUAUUGUAAAUUUUCAACCAAAACACAUUGCACUCAAAACUAUUAAUUGAGCUAAAUAUUAAAGCUUGAGACUCUCACAUUUAUGUGGCUAAAGCCAAGUCUAUUUUGACAAAUAGCUGUUUUUGCGUGUGGUCAGAGGCUUAUGAACAUGUGCAUGUUUCAGAGGUUUUACCACAUUGUAGAAAGUAUCAAUCUGUAAUGGUUGUUUGCUGUUACAUAAGGAACACUACGUAGACAAAAACGUUUUUUUCAUAAUGACAAAUUUCUACACUUUUACACUUGGGUUUUUUAAUGCUGCACUACAAAAAAUCAAUUGAGGAAGAAAUCCUUUAUUUAUGAUAUUAGAAAUUUCUUAAAUCUUUAAAAUACAAACAAAAAAACCAUUUGUAUACUAUUUGGAACAAAGGCUUUAUACCUAGUUUGGGGUUUUUUUGUUGUUUUAUGUUUUUGCUUUUUUUUUAAUAAAGACACUGAAAAUACA